ACUCCCUCAUUGAUUGUUGUUGGGGGAAGAAGCAGGGUUGGGUCCACGGAAUUUCAUACAGAGCCAGUUUUCUGCAACUGCGGCUGUUCCACGCAUUUCUUUAGCUAUUUCAUAUAAACAGGAGAUCGAGGCACAUGCAGCGCUUAUUUUUUUUAACGAGUAGCUAGCUAGUGGGGGGGGUUGAACCAAUUUAAAGCAGGGUCGGUAAACUAGCUAGCUCGUGCAUUCAUUUUUGACGAAGGCAGAUAGAGUGCGAAUGACGAGAACGCAUUAGCCAGUAUUAGCUAAACUAGUUUUCAAUAGGUAACCUGAAAUAUAACCAGACAUGGACGACAAGUCAUUCACUAAGGAAUUGGAUGGGUGGAUUGAGCAACUCGGCGAAUGCAAGCAGCUCUCGGAAAACCAAGUCAAAGCCCUUUGCGAGAAGGCCAAAGAGAUCCUGACGAAGGAGUCUAACGUGCAGGAGGUGAGAUGUCCGGUCACCGUGUGCGGAGAUGUCCACGGCCAGUUCCAUGACUUGGUGGAGUUGUUUAAAAUCGGAGGGAAGUCUCCGGACACCAACUACCUCUUCAUGGGAGACUAUGUGGACAGGGGCUACUACUCUGUAGAGACAGUCAGCCUCCUGGUAUCUCUCAAGGUUAGGUACCGUGAGCGAAUCACAAUCCUUCGAGGGAACCACGAGAGCAGACAGAUCACCCAGGUGUACGGCUUCUACGACGAGUGUUUGAGGAAAUACGGAAACGCCAACGUCUGGAAGUACUUCACAGACUUAUUUGACUAUCUGCCCCUCACUGCCCUGGUAGAUAACCAGAUCUUCUGUCUCCACGGUGGGUUGUCCCCCUCAAUAGACACACUGGAACACAUCCGAGCGCUGGAUCGCUUACAGGAGGUUCCUCAUGAGGGUCCGAUGUGUGAUCUGCUGUGGUCAGACCCUGAUGACCGUGGUGGCUGGGGCAUCUCUCCCCGCGGUGCCGGCUACACCUUUGGACAGGACAUCUCAGAGACCUUCAACCAUGCUAACGGACUCACCCUGGUCUCCAGAGCUCACCAGCUGGUCAUGGAGGGUUAUAACUGGUGCCAUGACCGUAACGUAGUGACCAUCUUCAGUGCACCCAAUUACUGCUAUCGCUGUGGAAACCAGGCCGCCAUCAUGGAGCUGGAUGACACACUCAAGUACUCCUUCCUUCAGUUUGACCCCGCCCCUCGCAGAGGAGAACCCCAUGUGACCCGCCGCACUCCUGACUACUUCCUGUAAAAGAUCCCAAUGCCUGUAAAGUAUUGCUAUAGAUUCUUUUUAGUCAACGUGAAGAAGAAGAAGAAGGUGAAAGUGGGAGAAGGGAGCAACCGACCAUCGGAGUUGUGACAAAUUAAGCAUCCAUCUAUCCAUGGACCAAAAAUGUGUGCCAUCAUUUCACAAUGCAAAAUGGAAAAAAUGUCACAUUCAUCUUUUAAA